UAGCUACAUAACUUAAGUGAGAAUUACCUUGACAAGAACCCAAGAGCAGCAAUUCAGAUUAAAUGAUUACAUUGAUUGUUGAGUGAGUCCAGAUAAAGAAGAUUGAAACACAAUAUUAAGCAUCUACAGUUCUUUCGGUUUCCAUUUGAUUUUUGUUGAGUAAUCUGCGAUCACCAGUACAACUUCCUGGAAGUGUGUGUCUGCUACCCAGGCAUCUGCCACGACUCCUACAUCCUGGAUUUGUCUUGGAUACGUGGAGUAUUUGACAGUCCAAGAGCCUUAUAAGAUGCUGCCAGACCUUUCCAGCAACUUCUUUUUUUGUUCCUGAUUUACAGCAUCCACAGUACUUUCGGUUUUUAUUAUUCAGUGUUUAACUCACUGCCACAUCUCUUCCAGGAAACAUUUUAAUUCAUGGAUCUUCAGAGAAUAGAAAUCAUACAGGAAGAAACAAUAAUUAAACAGAGUAAUAUCAGAACAGGUAUCCGUGAAGGAACUGGCUCAAAGGAACAGGAUCCAUUCAUGGAGAAGAAGCAAACAGCAAUGGUCAAAGAUGUACCUACUCUGAAUUCCGAUAAACAUAAAGAAACUCUUUUGCAAAGAAUUAGCUAUUUGUCUGGUGACAUGAGAGAAUUUGGUUACUGGGUGAAAGAACAAAAUAUCAUCUUUCAACUUAUUGACUGGAACCUACGGGGAAUUGCACAGGUGAUGUUUGUCAACAACCCACUGAGUGGGAUUAUUAUUUUGGCGGGACUGCUUGUGCAGAAUCGUUGGUGGGCACUAAACGGCUUUGUUGGAACAGUGUUCUCAACUGUGGCUGCAAUUUUGCUCAGUCAGAACAGAUCCGCAAUUGCAGCAGGGCUUUAUGGAUACAAUGGCACCCUGGUUGGUCUUUUGAUGGCUGUGUUUUGUGACAAAGGAGAUUGGUAUUGGUGGUUAAUGCUGGCUGUAAUCUUCAUGUCAAUGAUAUGUCCUGUUAUUUCAAGUGCCUUGGCUGCUGUGAUGGGAAGAUGGGGUCUACCUGUUUUCACUCUGCCUUUUAAUAUAGCUGUCGGCAUGUUCAUAGCUGCAACAGGGCACUACAACCAGCAUUUUCCUCAAAUAUUUAUUGGACCAAUCAGUUCACCACCAAACAUUACAUGGUCUGAUCUUAGUGUUCCAAUGCUUCUGAGAGCUAUCCCCAUUGGUGUUGGACAGGUGUAUGGUUGUGACAAUCCCUGGACUGGCGGUAUUUUCCUUGUUGCAUUAAUUAUCUCAUCUCCAAUCAUAUGUCUGCAUGCUACAAUUGGAUCUACUGUGGGUAUACUGGCAGGAUUAACACUUGCUUCACCAUUCCAGAAAAUCUAUGAUGGAUUAUGGAGCUACAACUGUGUCCUGGCCUGUAUUGCAGUGGGAGGAAUGUUCUAUGCCCUUACGUGGCAGACCCACCUAUUGGCAAUAAUAUGCUCACUCUUCUGCGCCUACUUAGGAGAAGCCCUCAUGAACAUAAUGUCUGUGGUUGGCUUACCUGCAUGCACUCUGCCUUUCUGCCUCUCCACAGUUACAUUUCUGCUGAUGACAACUGACAACAAAGCCAUCUGUAAAUUCAGUCUGUCCGAAGUGACCUACCCUGAGAAGAACAUCAGGAUUUACCAAGAAAUGAAAAAAAAUGAACAAAGUAAAUGAAAAGAAUAUGAUUCAAAUAAUGUUAAUGAGAAGUACUACUGUAUACAAGAGAAAUGUAUAUGCAAUGCUUCCCUUUUAAUUACACAUGACUAACGAUAUAACCUGCAUAUUGCACAAAUGCCUCAAAUACCCCGAUUUUUUUCCAGAUGAAAUGUGUGCCAUAUAAAAGAACAUGUUCAUAUCCUUGAUGUAUUCAUCACUUGCCCAUUUCAUCGUGCUGCUCCAAUUCUAACUACUGAUGUUGGGAAGUCAACUGGAUACCUUACAUUUGAGUAAAAUCCAUCAAUGUUUUUACGGAAUUCAGUUUGGCUCUUUAAUGAGUUAGUAUUGAAAGAAAUUGGACUUGCCAAAAAAAAACAACUAAAUAUAUACAAUGUCCCAGGGUAAUUGACAGAAAUAUAAACAGACAAAAAUGGGUUUGAAAAAGAGGAACUAUUGGAAAGGUUUGGCUAAGGAGAUUAACAGAACACAGAACAAUACAGCGCAGAACAGGCCCUUCGGCCCUCCAUGUUGCACCAACCUGUGAACUAAUCUAAGCCCCUCCCCCUACACUAUCCCAUCAUUAUCCAUAUGCUUAUCCAAGGACUGUUUAAAUGCCCCUAAUGUUGCUGAGUUAACUACAUUGGCAGGCAGGGCGUUCCACACCCUUACCACUCUCUGAGUAAAGAACCCGCCUCUGACAUCUGUCUUAAAUCUAUCACGCCUCAAUUUGUAGCUAUGCCCCCUUGUACAAGCUGAAGUCAUCAUCCUUGGAAAAAGACUCUCACUGUCCACCCUAGCUUUAAGCAGAACCUUCAAGCAAGAAUGGGAGAUGGAGAGGCAGACAGAAUCUUGUCUCAAAGUGGACAAGAAAGAUGAAGCUGAAAAACAUACAAUUGAAAACUAAUUGAGUUGGAAGUGAGCAAAAUAUUAAGGUGAGGUAAGGAAGCUGUGAUUAUUUUUUAAGACUUUCUUGGGAUGUAGGUAUUGCUGCCAAGACAGCAUUUGUUGCCCAUCUCUAAAUUACUUUAAGCUAAGUGACUUGCUUAGCCAUUUCAGAGUUAACCAUUUUUCUGUGGGCCUGGAAUCACAUAUGGGCUAACCCAGUUAAUGGUGACAAAUUUUCUUUCUGAAGAGACCUUCAUAAGCAAAUUGGUUCAUAAAUGAUCAAUAGUGGCUUUAUGGUGACCAACACAGAGUCUAACAUUUAAGUUCCAGAUUCACAAAUUAACUUUUAAAUUGCACCAGAUACUGUGGUAGGACCUGAAACCUUACCCUGAGGAUAUUAGCCUGGGCACCUGGAUUGCUAAGUAAAUAAAAUUACCAUUACCAAUGUACCACGGCCAUUACCACUGCCUCCACCUGAACAGAAAUGUAGACCUAAUGUAGUUGCUGUAAGGAAAGCUUGUCGAUUUUAUAUAACUCCCCUUGUUAUGAAUUCCUUUGAAUUAUUCUUGCAUUAUGCUGUAUCAAUCAACUGUACAAACUGUUAGAUUGCUGCUGUUGCCAAACCAAACUGUAGCUUGAGACAGUGCCUCCAAAACAGCAGGUUAGAAAACUGGAAAAGAACAGUCUUUUGUACCUUUAUAUGAUUCUGAUCAAUGUGAGGCUGCUCUGGAUCCACAGGGCACUAAAAAUAUACCAAUGCUAUCAAUGAA